AUGCGCAUCCUCGCGAUCGAUCUUGGUGACCAACGAACGGGACUCGCACGCGCCGAUCGGAUCACCAGCAUCGCCUCCCCCGCCGGAUUGAUUGAAGUCCCCAUCGACCACGAUGAAGGGAAGCGCCUGCUCGAAGCACUCGCCAAAGAAAUCGCAUCAGAACCAAGCGACUGCGAGAUCCUCAUCGGACUCCCCCUCAACAUGGACGACAGCGUGGGUCCUCGCGCCAAGCUGGUCAAAGACUUCGCCCGGCGCCUCGCGGCCCACACCAAUCGAUCCAUCAUCCUCGUCGAUGAGCGCCGGACCUCUGUCGCCGCAGAUUCCAAGAUGUCCCAGACCGGACUGACGCACAAGCAGAAGAAGAAACGCCGCGACGCGAUCGCCGCCGCCGCGAUCGCGGAGCUGUACCUGAGCGACCCCGAUGCGACCAUCGACACGUCUGCCUUGCUCCACGCCCUGCUCAUCGCAACCGCACUCGCGUUCCAGCCCGCCGCCGAUUCGACCCCUCAGGUCGAUCCCGCGCGAGCGUUCAUGGACAAACUCGCAUACCAGGACACCAAGAUCAACUCCCUCACCGGCGAUGUGCAGUACACCGUCAUCCAGGCACUCGAGUCCGAUCUCCAGAAGCGCCUCGGCGAACUGUACCUCCGCACGCUCCGCGAUGAUCAGUACAACGAGGAGCACCGUGACUACGCCGUGCGAUUCAACCUACUCGAGAUCGAUGACCGCCAAGAAGACAUCCGUGAGCACUACAUAUUCGAUGGACGCUGGUUCGUCGAGCGUCUCCCAGAUCAGAUGCAGUUCAACAAGCGCGAGCUCGUCGCCGCGGAUCAGGAGCUCGAUCCGAUGGAGCUCAUGCGCGAAGCGCCGUUCUGGGUCUCGCUGGGACGCAACACCGAUCGCGUCUUCGAGUCCUACAACAUCGAGCUCCACGAUCACGAAGCGGGACUCAUGGACCACCCCGACUUCCCCGAGCUCUCGUUCCUCGCGCCCACCGUCGAAGGCGCUCAGCAGAUCAAGCUCACACCGAAACCAGGCACCAAUGUCGAAGACGACUGGGAAUGGGUCCGCAUCUGGUUCGAUAAGGACACCCUGCUCCCCAUGCUCUAUGUCAAAUCCGACUGGACAGGAGACCUGCAGAUCGUUCAACUCUUCGAUGUCAAAACAAACAUCACGCUCGACAAAAAGCUCUUCGACACCACGACUCCACCUGAAGAAUCCGGCUGGCGCACGCACAUCUCCGAAUGGAGAGGCGAAGCACAGGCUCAACAAGAACAACAGCAACUCGAACAAAGCACACAACCGAUCGAGCCAGUUGAUCCCAAAGACCGCGCGGUCAGACUCCCCGAGCCCAACGAACAAUCACGCGAGCAAACAAUCCGAGCCGUGCUUGAGCGCAUCAACGCGGACUUCCUGACCGAAGACGAACGCGCCACCCUCCGCGUCCUCCACGGCCAAUGGAUCCUCGAAGACCUCAACAACCCAGCGCUCAAAUCCCAAAUCGCGUUGGAUCUUCACGACUACAGCAACCCAAUCUUCGAUGACCCAAACACUUCACCGCUCCACCGCGCAAUCGCACUACUGAACCAAGGCAAAGCGCAGAACGCACUCGAUCUCAUCGAACAGGUCGAGACCACAACCAUCGAAAGCAACUUCAUCCGCGCCUCAGCCUACGAACUGCUCGGACGCGUUGAUGAAGCGAUCGAGAUGCUCGAAGGCAUCGAGAAUACGCUCGCCUCAGAGACCAUCGAAGACGCAGGACAACUCGCGAUCGGUAGCGAAGCAUUGAUCAAGCUCACGCGCCUCCGCGCCCCAGCCGUCAGCGCCAGAGCGGACUACGAAGCGAUCCAAGCACUCCUCGGGAUCGCACGCGAUCGUAUUGAUCGUCUGGACUGGCGCAUCCGCAGCACCGAAGCCCAACUCCUCUACGAGCACCACAACCUCGGAGAAGCGCACACCGCCGCGAUCGAAGCGUUGCGUCUCAAUCCGCGAGCCGCUGAUCCCAUGCUCCUGCUGGGACACAUCGCCGUGGAUGGAUUCGACUUCGACAACGCAGAGCGUCUCGCAAACACCCUCGACGAAGUCGCGUCGAGCACCGAGCAAAACGCAGAAGGCGAAACUCCAGGAGUUUCCAUCGGCGGCGCCAUCAUCCGCGCCCGAAUCGCGCUGCGCCGCAAGGACCCCCAAGGCGCAGAGAUGGCGCUCGAUCCAGCACUCGCCAAGUACCCAAACCACCCCACACUCCUCGCACUCGAAGCAUCCGCGGCUGCCGCCGGAUACAGAAUCUCCUCAACCAACAGACUGCUCAACAAAUACAACGAACAGUUCCCCGACUCCCCCACCGCCGCCGUGUGGGUCGGAAAGACCCUCUCCGAGUACCGCCAAUACACCUACGCCGCGGAAAUCCUGCGACGAGCAAUCCAACUCGCGCCCAACUGGGGUGAACCACGACUGCAACUCGGACUCAUGCUCGUGCAAGCCGGGAAAGAUAUAGCCGCCCGCGAAGCGCUGACCGAAGCGAUCAAGCUCGACCCCUUCAACCUCCGCGCCCAGAACUCGCUGCGGCUCCUCACCGAGCUCGCGACCUACGAGACCAUCGAGUCCGAACAUUUCAUCAUCCGCUACAAAGCGGGACCUGAUGAGCUGCUCGCGCGCGAGAUGCCCGAGAUCCUCGAAGCGAUCCACGAGCGUGUCUGCUCCGAUCUUCCAGGCGGGAUGAACCACGAACCAGUGGACAAAACCAUCAUCGAGCUCAUGCCCAACCACGAGUGGUUCGCCGUGCGCAUCGGAGGCAUGCCGCACAUCCACACCAUGGCCGCGUCAACAGGACCAGUCAUCGCGUUCGAGUCCCCACGCGAAGGACCCAAGUCCAAAGUCGGACACUACGACUGGGCGCGUGUCCUCCAGCACGAGUACACCCACACCGUCAACCUCUCGCGCACGCGCAACCGCGUCAUCCACUGGAUGACCGAAGCCAACGCCGUGUUCAACGAGGAUGCGCCGCGUGAUCAAUCGCAAUGGUCGCUCUUAACCAACGCCGUCCGAAACGACGAACUCUUCGAUCUCGAUUCGAUCAACAUCGCGUUCGUGCGUCCCAAGAAACCCACCGACCGCUCGCUCGCCUAUGCACAAGGCGCGUGGAUGUUCGAGUUCAUCGUCGAGCGCUUCGGACCCACCGCCCCCCGCGACAUCAUGGACAGCUCCGCGACCGGACGCUCAGCGCCCGAAGCAUUCCAGCAGGUCCUCAACCUCUCGCAAUCCGAGUUCAUGGACCAGUUCACGCAAUGGGCGCACAAGGACCUCCGCUCGCGUGGACUCCUUCGUCCCGAUGAUCUCCCGCCCCUCGAAGACUUGCUGGGUGACCCCUCCAAUGGACUCCCGAAACUCGACGAGCUCGACGACCUGCUCGAGCAAUUCCCCGACCACCCAGAUCUACUCAACCUCCGACUCGGGAUCGCGCUCGCGAUCGAAGGCGAUCAACUCAGCGACGAACAACUCCAGCUCCUCAAAACCACCAUCCUCGUGCGCCCAGAAGACGAGAUGCCUCACAAACGGCUCGCGCGUCACUACCUCGCCUCCGAAACUCCCGACGAGCAAGCCCUCGCAAUCCCCCACCUCGAAUACCUCGACUCACGCGAAGUCCACACCACGGCGUACGCAAACCAACUCGCCGAGCUCUACGCAAUGAUCGGAGAGCACGAACGCGCAUUCGACAAAGCGAUCCGCGCCACACGCAUCGCGCCCUUCGACGCACCAACAAGAGAACAAGCCGCACGCAUGGCGCUGCUCAUCGAGAACUACGACAACGCACAACACCAACUCGAAGCGCUUAUCGAAAUCGAACCCGAUCGCGACAUACACAAACAGCGGCUCGAAGCGCUGCUCAAGUUAACAGAUAGUUGA